AGGAGCCGCUUCCCGUUCCGGGCGGUGCCGGGGAAGGUGACUCGGCCGCCAUGGGGCUCCACUUCGGGCAGCUGGCGCGGGUCCGCCAUGUCAUCACCUACAGCCUUUCCCCCUUCGAGCAGCGCGCCUUCCCCAGCGCCGUCUCGCAGGGGCUGCCCAACGUGUGGCGGCGGUUCAGCGCCCAGGUCUUCAAGGUGGUUCCCCCGUUUCUGGCAGCCUACCUCCUCUACUCCUGGGGGACACAGGAGUUUGAGAGGCUGAAGAGGAAGAACCCCGCCGACUAUGAGAACGACCAGUGACCGAGUCAAUAAGGAGACGGUUUCCUCACCGCGUUAUGCCCGUCCCGGUGAUUCUGUGCUCACAUGACUGGAAACGUAUUAAGGGGGAGAUAAGUCUUGUCUAAUAAACUUUAACUUUGCCCCGUGA